AUGAGUAACACUCAUUGAGAGGAGCGACAGACAGCGGCUAUCUGUUCGUCUUUCUGCCGGUGUUGUUCGGAGCCGCGGGGACAGGUCUUACUGCAGUGAUGUUAUCACUCCUCUUCCUCCUCCCUCCCUUCUUCCUCUUCACACCCGCCUGGACAUUGGAGUUUCGGUAUCACAACAACCAUGAGAUUGAGCAGUACCUCAAGCAGGUCAGCACCUCGAAUCCUGACAUCACACACCUGUACAGCAUCGGCCAGUCUUCAAAAGGUCAGCAGCUGUGGGUGUUGGCUUUGGGUGUCAGUCCUCACCAGCACACAGUUGGCAUCCCAGAGUUCAAAUAUGUGGGUAACAUGCAUGGAAAUGAGGUUCUUGGCCGAGUGCUGCUCCUUCAACUAAUAGAUGAGCUGGUGCGCAGUUACCGUAGCAACGAAACAUGGUCCUUGCGGUUGCUGAACAGCACACGCAUCCACAUCCUGCCGACGAUGAACCCAGACGGCUUUGACGUAGCAGACAAGGACUGCUACAACAGCCAGGGCAGGUACAACGGCAACGGCAUUGAUCUGAACAGGGACUUCCCGGAUGCUUUCGCUGGUCUCCAAAGUCAGCAGCUCUUUGAGGAGAGAAGGGAAGCUGAGGUCCAAGCAGUGAUUGGCUGGUUGAGGACGGAGAGUUUUGUUCUCUCUGCAAACCUUCAUGGAGGCGCUGUGGUGGCCAGUUACCCCUAUGACAACAGCAAUGGCGGUAGUGAACUGGUGGGCGGGGCUAGCAUCGCUCCUGAUAAUGACGUGUUUGUUCACCUGGCUAAGGAGUACUCCCACAAUCACGCCUCCAUGUACCGAGGUAACUUCUGUAUGGACAGCAGGCCGUUCCUGGAGGGCAUCACCAACGGAUUCCAGUGGUAUCGUCUGGAAGGUGGGAUGCAGGAUUACAACUAUGUGUGGGGGCAGUGUUUGGAGAUCACUCUGGAACUGUCCUGCUGCAAGUAUCCUCCAGCCAGAGAGCUUCCUGCUUUGUGGAACGACAAUAAAAAGGCUCUGCUGGCCUACGUCCAGCAAGUCCACCUGGGUGUCAAAGGUCAAGUGUUUGAUGGUUCAGGCGAGCCAGUGGAGAACGCAGUGGUGGAGGUCAGAGGUCGCAGGAAUAUAUGUCCAUUCAGAACCAAUCAACAUGGGGAAUACUACCGUCUGCUGCUACCUGGGAACUACACAUUCACAGUAACAUAUCCAGGUCACGAGGUUUUGACAAAGACUCUCAGUGUCCCGUAUGGUCCGGAUCAAUACUCUGCCCUUAAACACGACUUCCUGUUACGACGCAUAGCCCGAACGACUAGACGGACUGUGGGUAGCACUACCCAAACUGAUGCCACCCCUACCUGUAACUACACUUUACAACAGAAGGCGGGCGGAGCCAUGAACAGGCCCACGUGGAGCAGCCUGGCUAUAGGGCUCAGCAUGGCGGCAGUGCUGCGAUCCCUGAUCGACUGAAGUGAAAUUGCCAGCCAGGUUCAGUUCCUAUCGACAUCAAACCAAACACGUACAUCAAAACUGUGACACAAUGUCAACUGCAGCCUUCUGAGGAGACACAUGGAGCAGGAGUUUGACAAUUCCUGCAAGCUUUGUUGCCCCAAACAAAUCUGAGACCAUGAAACCAUGAGAUGAAAUUUAGUGGAGAAUACUGUGAUGGUCAGAGCUAAAGUGGAGCACCCAGGUUCAUAAGCAUAGAAGUUACAUACUUCUGAUAUGGAUAACAGGAAACAUUUGCAAAAGACAUUUUCACAUGUAGCAGUAGAAUGAGGACCAGACUAGAAGUUAAAAACUUAUAUGAGCCUUUAUGUUAUACGCUAGCACAAAUUUUAACCAAAGACCCAAACAACCCAAAUGGCUGCUUUGUUAAGAUCACUAAUGGGUGGUGCCUCAAGGCCCCUUAUUAUACAUAGCUUUUCCUUACAAAGUGUACAAUGGCAUGAAUCAUCACUUAGCUAUUCACGUGCAUUAUACGCACAUAACUUGUCUGCUAUUGUACGCAAAGGGAAAAUGUGUAUUCCAUGAUUGGCUGGCAAGCAGUUUCUGCAUGUUGCUGGCAGUCACAUUGGUUCCAAAAAGAGGGCUGUAUAAAAAAAACUCUCCUUGA